CCCGGCGCACGGAGCUUGCUGCGCGGCAGCCGGUCGCCGCCAGGCCCCAGCCCGGGCCCGGCCCGGCCAUGCAGGCCCGCACUCGUUCCUGCCGGAGCCUACGGAACGCCGCUCGGGGCUCCGCUGCUCUGGCCUGGGGGGCGGGGCCGGCGGCGCGGCGUCAUGCAUAUGCAUGAAGAGCGCGGCGGCGGCUCCAUUGUGCCCUCCGAGCGGCGGCGGCGCGAUGGCGCGGGCGGCGGCGGCCCGGGGGCGGCGGGCGGCGCCGAGGGCGGGCUGAGCGCAUGGAGCUGCGCGGGCCGGGGGCCGCGGCAACGGGCCGGGCCGGGCCAGGCGGAGGAAAAGCCUGCCAGCCAGGAGCUGGGCUGGUGCCUGUGUCCUGUCUCAGCCGUGUUGGUACAGUCUCCCCAAGGCCAAGCUGGUGGAUGGAUUGCCUUUCCACAUCUGCUUCCUGACCUUGCCAGUCCCCGCCUCAAAGGACACUUUGGCUCUGCUCCCUCUCAGGUCUCUGGGCUGCCCAGGGUGGCAGCCGGAGCAGCAACUCCCAGAGAAGUUUUGGCACAUCGGGCCUGUAGGCUGCUCUGUCACCAAUGAACCCCAUGAACCCCAUGAAACCUGCCCUGCCCCCUGCACCACACGGUGAUGGUUCAUUUGCAUAUGAGUCUGUGCCUUGGCAACAAAGUGCCACUCAGCCAGCCGGGUCACUGUCUGUGGUUACUACUGUGUGGGGAGUUGGCAACGCAACUCAAAGUCAGGUUUUGGGGAACCCCAUGGGCCCUUCAGGAAGCCCCCCUGGUGGCUCUAUGAUGCCUGGUGUGGCAGGUGGCAGCUCUGCCUUGACCUCCCCGCAGUGCCUGGGACAGCAGGCGUUUGCUGAAGGUGGUGCUAGCAAGGGCUACGUCCAGCAAGGCGUGUAUGGCCGCGGGGGCUACCCUGGGGGAUCCAGCUUCACCACUGGGUAUGCAGGUGGCCCUGGAGGCCUGGCCCUCCCCUCACAUGCUGCGCGGCCCUCGACAGACUUCACACAAGCAGCAGCUGCAGCUGCUAUGGCUGCUGCCGCAGCCACCGCCACAGCCACGGCCACAGCCACUGUGGCUGCCCUGCAGGAGAAACAGAGCCAGGAGCUAAGCCAAUAUGGAGCGAUGGGAACUGGACAGUCUUUUAACAGCCAGUUUCUGCAGCAUGGUGGUCCCCGAGGACCCAGUGUACCCCCUGGCAUGAACCCUUCUGGCAUGGGAGGAAUGAUGGGCCCCUCUGGCCUCUCUUCCAUGGCCAUGAACCCUGCCCGGGCAGCAGGCAUGACACCCUUGUAUGCAGGACAGCGACUGCCUCAACAUGGGUACCCUGGGCCUCCUCAGGCCCAGCCAUUGCCCCGACAGGGCGUCAAGAGAGCCUAUUCAGAGGUGUACCCUGGGCAGCAGUAUCUACAAGGAGGCCAGUAUGCAGCCAGCACUGCCCAGUAUGCUCCUGGUCCUGGGCAACCCCCUGGCCCUGCCUCCUCUUACCCCGGACACAGGCUACCCCUGCAGCAGGGCAUGGCCCCUUCCCUGUCUGCACCUGGCUCCACAGGACUGCACUACAAGCCCACAGAGCAGUUCAACGGGCAGGGCGCCAGCUUCAACGGGGGCAGCAUCGGCUACAGCCAGCCUGGCUUGAGUGGGCCUUCCCGUUCCAUCCCUGGUUACCCCAGCUCCCCACUGCCGGGGAAUCCCACACCACCCAUGACGCCCAGCAGCAAUGUUCCCUACAUGUCCCCAAGCCAGGAAGUCAAGUCUCCUUUCCUGCCUGACCUCAAGCCAGGCCUCAGCUCUUUGCACCCUUCACCCUCUGGAAGUGGUCCUUGUGAUGAGUUGCGCCUGACCUUCCCAGUUCGAGAUGGGGUGGUCCUGGAACCCUUCCGCCUGCAGCACAACCUGGCUGUGAGCAACCAUGUCUUCCAGCUCCGAGACUCUGUCUACAAGACUCUGAUGCUGAGGCCUGACCUGGAGCUGCAGUUCAAGUGCUACCACCAUGAGGACCGACAGAUGAACACCAACUGGCCAGCGUCUGUGCAGGUCAGCGUCAAUGCCACACCCCUCAGCAUCGAGCGUGGAGACAACAAGACUUCGCACAAGCCCCUAUACCUGAAGCACGUGUGCCAGCCAGGCCGCAACACGAUCCAGAUCACUGUUACCGCCUGCUGCUGCUCUCACCUCUUUGUGCUGCAACUGGUGCACCGUCCGUCUGUCCGCUCUGUGCUGCAGGGCCUCCUCAAGAAGCGCCUCCUGCCAGCUGAGCACUGCAUCACCAAGAUAAAGCGGAACUUCAGUAGCGGCACCAUCCCUGGCACCCCUGGGCCCAAUGGAGAGGAUGGGGUGGAGCAGACGGCUAUCAAGGUGUCCCUGAAGUGCCCCAUCACCUUCCGCAGGAUCCAGCUCCCAGCCCGUGGUCACGACUGUCGCCACAUACAGUGCUUUGACCUGGAGUCAUACUUGCAGCUCAACUGUGAGCGGGGGACCUGGAGGUGCCCUGUGUGCAAUAAGACGGCCUUGCUGGAGGGUCUGGAGGUGGACCAGUACAUGCUGGGUAUCCUGAUUUACAUUCAGAACUCAGACUAUGAGGAGAUAACCAUCGACCCCACGUGCAGCUGGAAGCCAGUACCUGUGAAGCCUGACCUGCACAUCAAGGAGGAGCCAGACGGGCCAGUGCUGAAACGCUGCCGCACUGUGAGCCCCGCCCAUGUGCUCAUGCCCAGUGUGAUGGAGAUGAUCGCAGCUCUGGGCCCGGGCGCUGCCCCCUUUGCCCCUUUGCAGCCCCCUUCGGCCCCUGCCCCCAGCGACUACCCCAGCCAGGGUUCCAACUUCCUGGGGCCUGGAACCUUCCCAGAAUCCUUCCCAUCUGCAACACCCACCACCCCAAACCUUGCCGAGUUCACCCAGGGGCCACCUCCCAUGUCCUACCAAUCUGACAUUCCCGGCAGCCUCCUGACUGCAGACAAGUCUGCUCCUUGCCUCCCAAGCCAGAUGGCACCAGCAGGCCACCUGGACCCAGCCCAUAAUCCUGGACCACCAGGAUUGCACACCCCCAACCUCGGGCCCACCCCAGGCUCCCAGCUACACCAUCCAAAUCCUCCCCCUCCAUCCCGACAGUCCCUGGGUCAACCAAAUACAGGGCCCAUCAGUGAAUUGGCCUUCAAUCCUGCCACGGGCAUGAUGGGACCUCCCAGCAUGACUGGGGCAGGGGAGGCCCCAGAACCAGCUCUGGAUCUGCUCCCAGAACUGACCAAUCCUGAUGAACUGCUCUCCUACCUGGGUCCACCCGACCUCCCCACAAACAGCAGCGAUGACCUGCUCUCGCUCUUUGAGAACAACUGAUCGUGUGUUAGCCCCUGGCCUGGCAAGGACACACAGAUAUCACCACAGCCUUCCCUUCUCACCCAGCCCCACAGGAUGCCUGGUGGUUCUCCCUGAAUCUCCUCAUGCACACACCCUGAGCUGGGGCCAGCCCCUGAUGAACUGGAAGCAGCCCUGUGCUCCAAGGGGCCUCAGGACAGUGGUCCUCACACCCACCCUCCAUCAAGCUCACUGCUACAGAAUGGGUCUUGUCAGGUGCCCUGCAGGCCCCAUCAACUGCGUGUGCACACAACCCUACACCCCAGACUCACGGCCUUGCACUUGUCCUUCCGCCCUGCCUGCUCCCACCUGGCCUGCAUCUUGUCCAGCACUGACCCUCUGUUUCUGCUUCUCCUCAGAAGAGCUGGCUGGCAAGGUUGGCUCCGUACUCUUGGUCUGCAGCUCCAGUGGCUUGAGCCUGGCGGGCUCAGAAUGAUACAGAGCACCAGCCUGUGGGGGCCUGGUGCUCUCACCCAGCUGAAUGUGGUCCGGGGAUUCCCCCCUCCACCCUGAGCUUCAGGCAGAGGCUGGGGUGGGGGCAAUAAAGCACAACAAUGUACAUAGUGUAGAAAUGCUCACAGCUGGGAGAGGAAGGGCAGCUGUGUAAGCCAGCAUGUUCCUCUGUGGACUGGCCUGGGCCUUCCAUGUGCUGUCUGCCCCUUACUGAAUGCAGACAGCUCAGGGGGAGGUCGGAGGUUCAGCCCCUUUAGGGGUGGGCUUUCAGACUCAGCUCUGUGUAAAUUCUCCAGUGAGCUGCUCCCCCCGAGUUCCUCUUUUCUGUGAAAGUGAAGAAUUAGUACAGCUGUGUUUUUUAAACCACCUCAUCUCCACCCUGCUGCCCACACCCAGGUGGGGGAGGCCAUUGCAUCUGCUGGCAAAGCGCCUGGGCCCGCAAGCAGGGCGCUGGCCUGUUGUGUCUCUUGUCUGUGCGAUCUAUUAAAGGACUCCCUCGUGGG